GUACAAACAAACCGGAGCUGGGAGUGAAGUUCUUGACUCAAACUCCCUCUCUACCUCUUUCUCCGAACCUGAUCAUUCCAAUUCCUUCUUAUAGUCCCUUACUUUUUCUAAACACUUUGUUUGAUUCCUCGAAGAAAAGAGAGAUUUUGAAAUUCUUGAUUCGGUCAGUUAUCAAUCUCGAAUUGCCUUUGUUUCUGUGCUAAGAUUGUCGACUCACUGAGUAAUCAUGGAUUUUAGUACUAUGGAUCGAGGACAAAUCACGCUGUUAGGAUCUGCAUUCUGUGCUAUGGCAUCAAUGCAUUUCACAGUACAGCUUGUUUCACAACAUCUCUUCUAUUGGAAGAACCCAAAGGAGCAGAAGGCUAUCAUAAUAAUCAUCCUCAUGGCACCCAUUUACGCAGUUGACUCGUUUGUGGGUUUGUUGGAUUUCCAAGGAAGUAAAGCAUUCUUCAUAUUUUUGGAUUCAAUCAAGGAAUGCUAUGAGGCUCUUGUGAUUGCCAAGUUCCUUGCUUUGUUGUACAGUUACUUGAAUAUCUCCAUUAGCAAUAAUAUAGUGCCUGAUGAAAUCAAAGGAAGAGAAAUUCACCAUUCAUUUCCAAUGACUCUUUUUCAGCCUCGCACUGUGCAUCUGAACCAUCAAAUUUUGAAGCAACUGAAAAGCUGGACCUGGCAGUUUGUCAUCGUUCGGCCUGUAUGCUCUGUUCUAAUGAUAGCACUUCAACUUCUAGGACUGUACCCAAGUUGGGUCAGCUGGACAUUCACCAUCAUUCUCAACCUUUCCAUAUCUCUGGCUCUCUAUUCUCUCGUGAUCUUUUAUCACGUGUUUGCUAAGGAGUUGGAACCACAUAAGCCUCUUGCCAAGUUCCUCUGCAUCAAGGGAAUUGUGUUUUUCUGCUUUUGGCAGGGAGUUGUGCUGGAUAUCCUAGUAUCUGCUGGUAUUAUCCAAUCUCAUUGGUUGGAUGUUGAACACAUUGAAGAAGCUUAUCAAAACAUCUUAGUAUGUUUGGAGAUGGUUAUCUUUUCUGUUCUCCAUCAGUAUGCAUUCCAUGUUUCCCCUUACAGUGGAGAUGUCUUUGCAAAGCUGAAAAAGAGUGAAUGACAGACCCUGUAAGACAACCAAAAAAUGAGGGUGGCCGUUAACGAACACAUGUAAAUGUAGCGAAUCACAUUGUUCUUGCCUGUAGCUUGUAAAACUACACCGUAAUGAUUUUGUAAUCCUUAGUAAUUGACAUUAAUGUCUAUAGGUUUAUCUUACUACUCA